AUGGCGGUGUUUCACGACGAGGUGGAGAUCGAGGACUUCCAGUAUGACGAGGACUCGGAGUCGUACUUCUACCCCUGCCCGUGCGGUGACAACUUCUGUAUCACCAAGGAGGAUUUGGAGAAUGGAGAAGAGGUGGCGACGUGUCCCAGCUGCUCUCUCGUUAUAAAAGUGAUCUAUGACAAAGACCAGUUUAUGUGCGGAGAGACAGUCCCAGCCCCUUCAGCCAACACAGAAUUAGUUAAAUGCUGACGAAGACCCUCGGAUUCCAAAUCCAGAACACUUGGGAGUGAGCCUUGAUGGACAGGUCAACUGC